UGGAUUGUGUUUAAAAUGGUUAAGCAAAGAAAAACUGUUACUUUGCAACAUAAACUUGGAAAUAACAAUGAGUCGAGUAGUAGUUCGGCAAGUAGUGAGGUAUCGACAUCGAUGAAGACUUUUAAGCUAGUUUCUAAAUGGAAAACUAUGUUAGGUUUUAUCUUCCUAGGCAUAGCUGUCUAUGUAGGUAUCCUGGGAUACCUGGAAACUAGGGUAAAUACUCCAUUCGAUGACGAAAAGGUGGUCCAGGAGAGUGGCUUACAAGUCCCGGAACGUUAUUGGGGUACCUACCGCCCAGGAGUUUACAUGGGGAUGAAGAGUCGAGAUCCUCGGUCACCUUUAUUCGGUCUAAUGUGGUACCAAGUUGGCUCUAGUAAGGGUAUCCGACAUUGGUGCGACCAGAACGACAAUCUGCCCUCGUACGGAUGGCUCCGACACGACGGUGUUACAUUUGGAGAACAGAAAAUCGAGGAUCCCCCUCACACUAUUGUCACUUCGUUCGUGAAGACACCAGGAGGUGAACAUGGGGGUCAUUGGACUGUCCGUGUCAAUGUUACUGCUAAGGGCACAACCGCCCCCUUAUCUUUGAUCUGGUACGGGGCGCUAGACGAGACCUUGGGUCCCGCGUCGCCCCACUCACGCCUCUGGCUCCAACGGGGCGCCAUUAUGGGUCACACUCCGCAGUUGCAGCAUUUUAAACUCAAUCUCGUCACUUAUCUGGGUAAAAUUCUUCAUAAAUCUUCAUCAGAAGCUCAUGCACCAGGAGUCCAUCUCCUGAAAGAGAAGUUGUAUUCUCUGCUGAGAGUAGAAAAGCAUCGUGAUUUCGGGCAACUGCCCGUUUUGGGGGAGGAUGACGAACUCAAUGAUGAGGAUAAAGACGUGAAUUUCUUACCUAUACAAAUGUUAAUACAACCUCCUUUCAUUCUGGAUCUCGUGUACACUACAGAAGACUUACCCACGCCACCUUUGAAAGGGGACGAGUAUACCAGGGUAUUAGAAGAGAAGAAGAGGUCUUUCGACAAGGAGUUUGAAGAGAAAUUCCAUUUGGGACAGAAAGGGUAUUCAGAAGAAGACAUCAAUAUAGCCAAAGCAGGAAUGUCUAACAUGAUAGGCGGUAUCGGUUACUUCUAUGGCGCGAGUAGAGUUCAAAGCCAGUACAUAAAGGAAUCCGUGCCUUAUUGGCGCGCACCGUUGUAUACCGCGGUACCGAGCAGGUCGUUCUUCCCGCGUGGCUUCCUUUGGGAUGAGGGCUUCCACGGUCUUCUCAUUGGCAGAUGGAACCAGGAUAUACAAAUGGACAUCGCUGCUCAUUGGCUUGAUCUUAUAAAUGUCGAAGGAUGGAUUCCGCGGGAGCAGAUUCUUGGACCAGAAGCUCUAGCCCGAGUUCCAAAAGAGUUCGUAGUGCAAAGUAACGCGGCUGCAAACCCGCCGAUGCUCCUCAUACAGUUGGCCAGAUUCGUCAAGAUCCGACCGAAAAUGUUUGAACCACAUUCGCCGUAUAGAGCUAUGCUCGAUCGCAUGUUCCCGAGGUUACAGGCGUGGUACCAGUGGUUCCAGAACACGCAGAAAGGCGAAGAACCCACGUCGUACAGAUGGCGUGGUAGAGAAGACGACGGAUUACAACUGAACCCUAAAACUUUAACUUCAGGCAUUGACGACUAUCCAAGAGCAUCUCACCCCACGGAUAUAGAGCGCCACGUCGAUCUUAGAUGCUGGAUGUACGCUGCAGCCGACGCUAUGACCAUUAUAGCUAACGCAUUGGGACGUGACUCCGACAAAUUCGCAGCAACGAGAGACCAGCUCGGAGACGAGGAGCUACUCAACGAAUUGCAUUGGUCUCCUCAUACGUUGACUUAUGCCGACUAUGGUCUUCACACGGACGCUGUCCGUCUCGUGCGACAAAUGCCAAAAAACCCAAACGAACAACCUCGUGUGGGACGAAGCGUCCAGGCGCCACCGCAACCGAAGUUGGUCACUUCUGCCUUUGGCUACGUCUCUCUAUUUCCGAUGUUGCUAAAAGUGCUUAAGCCUGAAAGCGACAGGCUGGGCAUGAUUUUAGACAAACUCGACAAACCUGAUUUAUUGUGGUCACCGUUUGGACUUAGGUCGCUUUCGAAAUCGUCGCCUCUAUACAUGAAGAGAAACACUGAACACGACCCUCCGUAUUGGAGAGGACAGAUAUGGUUGAACAUUAACUAUCUCGCUCUCUCUGCUUUGAAGCACUAUUCGAGUAUGGACGGGCCGCAUGCCGCAAGAGCGAGAGAUCUUCAUGCAAAACUGAGCUCCAAUGUCGUUAGCAACGUCCUCAACGAAUACAAACGUACAGGAUAUUUGUGGGAACAAUACUCGGGCGAGGACGGGAAGGGAUCUGGAUGUCGUCCGUUCAACGGCUGGACAGCUUUGGUAGCCCUUAUCAUGGCCGAAGAAUACUGAAGGAAUAUCCCUAAGUUUUAUGAGCUCCUGGGAGUUGUGAUUCGUAAUACGUUAAAAUAUUUCUUGUUUUCAAGGUCAAAUCGUACUUAAAACUAUGGUUUAUAUAAGACAAGUUUUCGCUAGGAGCGUAGGGCUAUCACCACGGAAGAAUAAAAACAAUGGAAGUGCUUUAAGUCUCGAUUACUAUUAGAACCGCUGUCGCCAGAACGCACACAAACAAAAUGAUAAACUCUAUGAAAUCUUGAUAAAGAUUG